GUUGCUACAAACCACAGCACCGGAGUGGAGCUGUUGGCCUCUCGUCGCUUUGCUACUCGUUUGUUGGUUGCUUCUCACUUCCUGCAUUAAUCUCUUGUUUUGUUUUUCCUUAUUUUUCCCACUCCUUCUGGUCUUUUUCUUUCUCCCCUUUCUUGUUGAUCCCUUCAUCAUCGUCACAAUAAUUAGCUACUUUCCUUUCUUUCCUCGGUGGUGUCUUCCCCUCCUCUCAUUUCCCCCAUCAUAAACUCUUUCGUGAGUGAAUGCGGCAGCGGCGGCGGCGACGUUUAAAAAUGUAAAAACUGGUGGCCUCUUCCACAACUGCUGUCAGUUGUGUGUUACCGCCCUAACUCAAUAUAUACACUCUCCACUGUACUUACACACAAUAUAAUAUAUUGUGUGUAUGUUGUGUGUGUGAGUGUAUGCCUGUGUGUGAACGGCAAGUGUCGAUAGACACUGCUCUCUCUGUUCCACACUCACUCUGUCACACAAACACACCGAACCAUCCAUUACACACACACACACACUGUGUGAAGUUCAAAUUAGAAGCUUAAGAAACGGGCCUUGCCACCAUUUUAUCCCAUCAUCAGCAUCUACUCACCUACCCAUCUAUUCCCUUUCUUAACUAGCCACCCUGUGUCGUCCUCUCUUCAUCAAACCUAUUCUGUCUGUCUGUCCAUCUGUUUUUGUCUUUCUAUCUUUCUAUCCAUCCUUCUUCUCUCUCCGUUUCUUGUCUACUUAGAAAAGCGACCAGAUCUGUCCCAAAUAUCUUCUCUCUCUCUCUCUCUCGAUCUGCCUGUCAUUACACACACACACACACACACACACAGAGUCUACCACCCUAUCCUGCCAUCCUUCGCCAGCGAUCUAUCUAUCUGUCUAUCUACCUCCAAGCCACUCCGUAACCACUAUCUUUUACAACCAGCCAGAAAACCGAUGGAAUGACCAGCCGGCCAGUGCCUCCUGCAGCCGCACACAGGUGGAUAGACAGCAAACAACACCACCAACAACAACAACCACACCACCACCACCACCAACAACAACAACACCAGCACCAACCACAGACACCACCACCACCACCACCAUCAGUACCCCGCACACGAACACCACCACCAUCAACCCUACCACCACCAUCACCACCACCAACACAACCAACCACCACCUCCACAUUACCACUUACAACAGCAACAACAGCAACAACAACAUCUGCAGUAUAGUAGAGCUAGAAUGUCGGCGCCGUCAAGUGUCAGCGGAGGACGAACCAACAGGACUACUACCAACCAGAACAAACCUGAUGUGAUACCCUCUCCCACCAUGUCCGGCUCACCCAGGGGAAAGGUAAGCAAUCAAUAUUUAUUGGACUUUACUGAUUUGAACUACCCAAAGACAUCGAUGCCAGCCAGCAGUCCAAACACGAGCAGUAGCCAGUCGAGUAACCAGAGCCAGUCGGGAGAACAGCUGAGCAAGACGAAUCUCUAUAUCCGCGGAUUGAGCAAACACACCACUGACAAGGAUCUUCUGGCCAUGUGUGAAAGCUAUGGGAAAAUUACCUCUACUAAGGCUAUAAUCGACAGUCAACUUUCAACAUGUAAAGGCUACGGGUUUGUCGAUUUUGAGACUCCACAAGCUGCUGAAUAUGCAGUCCAAGAAUUACAAGCCAGUGGUUUUCAAGCACAAAUGGCAAAGGUCAUACGAAAGAGGGAACCGAGGAUCCGGGAACCGUUUCCGACAAGGGAUCAUGGUAUGCAGAAGCAAAGAGGGACCACUAUGUUUGGAUCAGAAGCUGAGAGCAGCCACAUGCGAAAGAUGACAUCUUUUGGAGGGCAACAAGAGCAAGAUCCGACCAAUUUGUAUAUUGCCAAUCUUCCGCCAUAUUUCACCGAAGAACACCUGGAGAAUUUGUUCAAGGAAUAUGGAACUGUGAUUUCGACAAGGAUUUUACGGAAAUUGGACGGCCAGAGUAGAGGGGUGGGAUUUGCACGGAUGGAGAGCAAAGAGAAAUGUGAACAGAUUAUUCAAAACUUUAAUUCCAAAAUUUUGGCAGGUGGCAAUGAGCCUCUUUUGGUAAAAUUUGCUGAUGGUGGCAGUAAAAAAAAAGCUCAAUAUCAACAAAACCGUUCCUGGACAGAAAGGGCUGAUGCCAACAAUUAUAGCUUUGUAGCUGGAAUACCUGUUGGCUAUGACCAGUCAAGCAUUGCUCAAAAUGGUCUUUAUCUGCCUUACAGUGUGGGGGCCGCGCCCCCUGGGGGGGCAGCAGCAGCAGGCGGAGGUGGAGCAGUUGCCACAGCGAUGAUUCCAGCAGGGAUGAUGCCGAGGUACUCCAUGUCCACCACCCCAGUCACCACAUACCAAGUACAGUCCACCAACCCUGGCUGGAUGCACCACCCACAGUAUAUCAUGCCACCCAUUGCGCAUAUGAUCCCAAACACCGUACACCCUGGGAGCCACAGUCUUGACCCCACUUCUGUAAUGCCGACCCUCACAACCCAGAUGGGACAACUACAACUGUCCAGCACUUCGUACGUCUCUGGGCCUCAUGCAACUUAUACUCAAAUCCCUUAUCAGCCACAAGGUGGCACUGUUGUACAAACAGUCCCCGUUGAGGACCAUAAUGCACCACCGGUUGGAAAUGAUGAGAGCCAACAUCAUUUCCAGACAUACCAGACAGCGCCCCCUCCCAAGUAGGAGCCAUUUUCUGAGGAAAAAAGGCAAUUUGACCCUGAUGUAACAACAAUUUGACUGACCUCAUGCAAUGUUGAAGUUUGCUGUGAAUAUUUCAGGAGACAAAACAUGUGAAAUGGAAAUACUGAUGUAUAUAUGUAUAUAUAUAUACAUGUAUGUAUAUAUAUAUAUGUGUAUAUAUAUAUAUAUGUUUGUGUGUGUAUAUGUAUGUAUAUAUAUGUAUACAUAUGCAUAAUUAUGUAUAUAAAGAUUGUAAAAGAAAAAGAGAAUUGUCUCUCUAUCCUCAAACCCAGAACUUAAAUGGAAACGAACGAUGUUUCAAAGAAAAACUGAAAUACUUUUUUUUUGACUUUUAUUAAUGAAAAAAGAAUUUGAAGAUGAAGAAGAAAGUAGCAACUCUGAUAUGGAGAUGUUUUGUUGAAGAAUGGGGGGGGGGAAUAAAUGGAAGAAAAAAAAGAAUUUUUUUUUUUUUUUUUUGAAAUUUUAAAAUGAAAAAAAAAUUUUUAUUAAAAAAAAAAUGGAAGAAAAAAAAAUUUAUUAAAAAAAAAAGAACAAAACCAAACAAAAGAAAAAAGAAGGAAGAUUGGAUCCCUGGUUCUUGAUCCAAGACUUGAUCCCAUAUUGUAUGCAGGGAGAUUCCCCCACCCCCCUCACAGUAAACUCUUGAAAGGAGAGAAAGGCUGUUGCUGGAUGGUGAUGAUGAUGAUGAUGAUAAAGAAAAGUAAUGAUGACAAUGAUGAUGAUGAUGAUGAUGAUGAGGAUUAUAACAACAACAACAUUGGAUGUUUGCAUCAUCUCGAUUCAAAAUAAUAGGGGAGAGAAAAAUGGUUUUUAGGGGUGGGGGUCGGAUAAUGUGUUGUUUUUGUUUGUUUUGUUUUUUUUUUUCUAGUUU